AUGUCCGUACGAAGAGUUACAGUCCUCACCGGCGCCGCCCUUCGCCAGGCACUUCCUAAGGUUCAGCUAGCUGUCCGUCGUGCUUUCGCUCGUCAAGUCGGUGUUUCUUGCCGUUCUUUACAUUCUACUCGUCCCUUGUUCCAACAUGAGACUUUCGACCCCGCUACUAUCGAGCGCGAGUCGGAUGAGGUUGAUGUGUGUAUCAUCGGAGGUGGACCUGCUGGUUUGUCAGCUGCUAUUAGGAUUAAGCAGUUGGCCGAGGAUGAGGGACGUGACAUCCGUGUGUUGGUGUUGGAGAAGGCGGGAGAGAUGGGAGCACAUACACUUUCGGGAGCGGUUAUUGAGCCUAGGGCGCUGAAUGAGCUUUUCCCAGAGUGGAGAGAUAACCCGCCGUCGCCGCUUACUCCGGUAAAGGAUGAUGCGGUCAAGUUCUUGACGGAGAAGGGGUCUUUCCCUUUGCCGCUGCCACCACAGAUGCACAAUGAGGGAAACUACAUUGUUUCUCUUAACCAUGUCGUCAAGUGGCUUGCGGAGAAGGCUGAAGAGUUGGGUGUUGAGGUCUACCCUGGAUUUGCGGCGAGUGAGGUUUUGUACAAUGAGGAUGGAUCCGUCAAGGGUGUCGCCACCAACGAUGUUGGGCUCGGAAGGGACGGAAAGCCAAAGUCGACAUAUGAGCGCGGAAUGGAGUUCCACGCCAAGCUUACUUUCUUCGCCGAGGGAUGUCACGGAUCGUUGACGAAGCAGAUUGUCAAGAAGUUCAACUUGAGGAAGGGAAUUGACCCUCAGACGUACGGUCUUGGAUUGAAGGAGGUCUGGGAGGUGCCGGCUGAGAACUGGAAGGAGGGUCAUGUGAGUCAUUCCCUUGGAUGGCCUUUGAAGAAGGAUACCUACGGUGGUGGAUGGAUGUACCAUUUCGGAGAGAACCUGGUUAGUGUUGGGUUGGUUAUUGGUCUGGAUUACCCUAAUCCUUACUUGAACCCCUAUAUGGAGUUCCAGAGGAUGAAGCACCACCCUAUGUACGCGGAUGUCUUGAAGGGCGGUAAGUGUAUCUCGUACGGAGCGAGGACGUUGAAUGAGGGUGGAUACCAGUCUGUUCCUAGACUGACGUUCCCUGGUGGUGUGCUCAUUGGUGAUACUGCUGGUUUCUUGAACGUGCCGAAGAUUAAGGGCACGCAUGCUGCGAUGAAGUCUGGUAUGCUCGCGGCUGAGGCUGCGGUUAAGGCUUUGGCGAGCGAUGCUCCUGGAGCUAUUCAGCUUUACGACUACGAGACCUCCAUUAAGGAUUCGUAUGUCAUGAAGGAGCUUUACGAGGUUCGUAACGUUCGUCCUUCGUUCCACACUAAGCUUGGUGUUUACGGUGGAUUGCUCUACUCUGGUAUCGACACUCUUAUCCUCCGUGGUAAGGCACCAUGGACUUUCAAGCACCCUUCGACUGAUGCGGCUGCUACCAAGAAGGCUUCCGAGUGCGAGCCCAUUGAGUACCCCAAGCCCGAUGGCGAGUUGUCUUUCGAUCUCUUGACCAACGUCGCACGAACGGGUACCAACCACGAGGAAGAUCAGCCCGUCCACUUGCAAGUCGAGGACUGGGUCAAGCACGCCGAGGCUGCCUACCCCGACUACAAGGGUAUCGAGAACAGGUUCUGUCCUGCUGGUGUUUACGAGUACAUCGAUGAUGAGAAGAGUGCUGUGGGCAAGAGGUUCCAGAUCAAUGCGCAGAACUGUAUUCACUGCAAAACUUGUGAUAUCAAGGUUCCCACGCAGGAUAUCAACUGGCAGGUUCCUCAGGGAGGUGAGGGUCCUCAGUACACCUUGACGUAG